CUACAACCUCCGAGAACUGCUGAGGACGAGCUGCUGGUUGAAGGGAAACAUGGCGUCUGCAACGUGUUCAAGGCUUUCUUGGAUCUGUCUGCUGCUGUUCAGUGGUGGAGCUUGUUUUCCUGCUUCUAAAGACUACAGACCUGUCUUCAUGGCUGCAGGAGGUGCCGAGUCCUCCUUCUACAACCCAACAUCUCGUGUUGCUCCUGCAACCUCCAGUCCUGGUUCCCCCUCUGGUUCCCCCUCUGGUUCCCCCUCUGGAUCUCCCUCUGGUUCUCCCUGGGAGUUUCUGUCUGCAGAGGGCGCUGACUCGUCGUUCUACGACCCGACCAACUGGAUGUUGUCUCGUGGCUUCCCGGCUUUCGGCGCCUGGGAUUUGCCUGCCGAGGCGCCGCAGAGUCCUCUUCCUCCCUCGACCUUCAUCGUCCAGUCCAGAAACGGCUACCAGCGAGCUCUCGGGGUCUCUUCUCGCACCAGGUACUCUCCAGAGUACCCUAAACCACGAGAGACUGGGCCUUGGUUCUCCCCAGAGUACCCUAAACCACUAGAGACCGGGCCCAAAGGAGGAACGAGGGGCUAAUGAGGUGAACUUCAUUACGAGAGCUUCAGUCUGGAAGAGUUUUGAAAAGACCCACACAUCAACUGUGUGUCCAUAAGAUCUGAUUUAGGAUCAGGAGAACCCGGUUCUGGAUCUGACCCGGAAUGAUGUAACAGUCGGAGUUGAAGGGCAGCAUGUCGAAGGAGAUCUCCGCCUCGCGCUCGUACCGCAGCACGUGGUUGUGGUGGGAGUCCUCUGGAGCCACGGAGACCGGGUCCGGGUCCAGGUCCCGCGGCGCGACCUCCGGCCUCCUCCUGCGUGGUGGUAGGACACCGCGGAGCUGGAGCAGAACCUGCCGCAGCCCAGGAUGCUGGAGAAGGCGUAGACCACCGGGUUCAGGGCCGAGUUGGCCCAGCCGAACCACACGAAGGUGCUGAAGGUGGUCUCGCUGACGCACGCCGGGUCCGGCUCGCAGAAGGGGACCACGCAGUUCAGGACAAAGAACGGCAGCCAGCAGAAGACGAACACCCCCAUGAUGACGGACAGGGUCUUCAGGACCCUUGUGUACGUGCCCACCAUGAUCCCCACGGGGAUGUAGAAGCUGAUGAGGGACGAGGAGAUGGCGUAGGUCCGGUUCAGGCUGGCGAGGACGGAGAGGGUCCAGGCCGCCCCGAUCCUCAGGGAGGCGAACCGGCGCGUCAUCUCGCGCUCGUACCGGAAGGGGUUGGAGAUGGCCCAGUAGGGUCCAUGCUGAUGAUGCACAGGUGGAGGCGGUGGAGCACAUGAGGUCGAAGGCCACCCAGGUGGCCGAAGAGCCAGAGGUCGGACACCUCGGACACCGCCCGCCACGGCGUCAC